AUGCGCAAGAAGCGACCUCCCUGCAAGAAGAAGAAGAUUCUUGCUGUCCAAGAAGAACCUGCCAAGAUUGCGCCGCCAUCCAUCAUCUCCGUGGACGCCGCAGCGCCGCCUUCCACCUCCAACGUCGCCGCACCAACGCCGUCGUACACUUCCCCCACAGCUGCACCAGCGCCGCCGUCCAACUCUUCCACGGCCAGACUAGCGCAGCUGUCCAACUCCACCACGGCGGGACCGGCGCAUCCCUCCAACUCCCCUAUGGUCGGACCAGUGCAGUUGUCCAUAUCCUCCAUGCCAGCCCCAAUGCCGCCGUCAACCUCCACCAUGGCCCUCACCGGCGAGGCUCGCAAGAAGCGACCUGGGCAUGAACUCCCAAGGUCUGGCUCCAAGAAGAAGAAGAAGAUAGCUGCUGUCCAUGAAGCCCCUGCUGAGAAUGCUGUUGAAGCCGUCCUUGCUUCUGAAUCUGACAAGACCAAGUGCCUCAGUGGCUCUGCCAAGAGGAAGCUGAAGAAGCAACAGCCUAAGAAGGAAGACUCUAAUGGGGAUGCUCCUAAUGGGACCGCUGCUGAGAAAGAGCAGGAGGCUCCCAUUGAACAAGACAAAAUUGAGAUGACCCUUGAAGAUUAUGAGAAGGUGCAAGAAAAUAAGAAGUCUCUGGAGGCCUCUAAACCAGAGGAGAGGAGGGUUGUUGAUGUAGAUUUUGAGGGUCUCCAGCUCUUGGAGAAAAAUUUGAUUGAGGAUAAUCAAUCAAGUGGGGUGUUGUUUUGUUAGGCAGCCUUCUGUAGAUGUACAAACUCGUUGGAAUUCCACAUAUUUGAUGCUUGAAUCAGCUAUACCAUUUAGAAGUGCAUUUGAUGCCUUAGGGCAGCAAGACAAGGAGUACGAGUUUUGUCCAACACCUAUUGAAUGGAAAAUGGCUGAAUCUGCAUGCAAAUUGCUAAAAGGAUUUUACACAGCAACCAAACUUCUCUUUGGAUCUAAGUAUCCGACUAGUCAUUUCUACUUCCCCCGGCUAUGUAAGAUUAAGAAGAUCUUGAAGAGAGAGUCAUCAAGUAAGAACACCAUCAUUGCGCAUAUGGUG